AUGGAUGACUCUAACGCUCAUCAAACACUUGCGAACGAAGCCUUUUCAAAGUCCGGUGCUUCAGGUCUUUACGAUCGAGCUAGACCAACUUAUCCACUCCAAUCUAUCAAUCGAAUCCUCGCGCAUUUGCCUGAUCAUGAUGCUAAUGUAGUUGAACUUGGAGCAGGAACUGGGAUCUUCACUCGAGCAAUCUUAUCUAAUGCCAAACCGGGACAAAUCAAGAAUUGGAAUGCAAUUGAGCCUGCUGCUGGUAUGAGAGAAAGUUUCAUGCAAUCGGUUAAAACAUACUCUGCAGAAGGACCUUCAAUUGGAUGUGAUCAUGGUACUUUUGAUUGCAUGGAAUCCAUUCAAUCAGAAUUCGCUGAUAUGGUAACAGCUGCACAAGCAUGGCAUUGGACUGGAUCAGAUGCUGAUUUUCAAGAGAAAUGUGUAAAAGAAGUCUCAAGAGUUUUGAAGCCCAAGGGUUAUUUUGUUUUGAUUUGGAAUCUCAAAGACCGGGAAGCCUGUGAAUGGGCGGGGCGGAUCAGGGAUGCAUACGAAGUUCACGAAGCUGGUACUCCCCAAUAUAGACUUGGUCUAUGGAAAACUUUAUUCCAAACCAAAACCUUCAAGGAAUCUUUCAAGCUCUUACCACCUGAUGAAAUUCCUAACCAAUUGAAAUCGAAUUCAAAGAAAAACGUAGAUGAUAGUAUUGAUGAAUCUAUACCUACUUUAACAGUCACUACUCAGACUCCUUUGACACUUGAUGGUCUUCAAGCUAGGAUCUUAUCAAAGAGUUAUAUCACCGCAUUGGAUUCUGAUGGUCAACAAAAAGUUAAGGAUGAACUCAAAUCUGUGUGGGAUCAUCAUAUUGUUGGAAACCCUGCUACAGAAUGGAUUGAUGAGAAGACUGUCAAAUUCCCUUAUGUUACUCACUUAUACGUCCUGCAAAAGCGGUGA